UAACUUUUCUUCCUUCUAAAACAGGAUGAGCAAGAACCCUCCUGUUACUUCUGGUAAGAGUAUGACAUGCUACUACUCUACAUACUAAUUUAACAUUUGCUGCCCUUCGGGAUCCCUAAUCCCUCGUUGUGUGUCACGGGAGGUCUAGGUCACUCCCAGGGACAGAUUGGGUGACUCUAUGCUGAGGACACCUGAAGUUACACCUUUCUAAGUAACUGUUGUGGCAUUCUCACAGGCUGUGCUGUCUGCACAACUUCCUAAAGUUCAGUACCUCUAUGGCCAAAGCAGCAAGCAACUUCAUAGAGCUCCCUGCGCUUCUUUGAUAUCUGAAUCAAAUAUAGUGUGGUCACAUGAUGCUGUAGAAGUAAAACAACUUACUCGUCCUAGAUGCUAGUACAGCAAGGUCAGAGUUGACUAUUUUACUCAGGGGUUAGUUAACACAGCACUGUGUAGGAGGGCUACAUGUAAUCCCUGUGGAUCAGUGGUUAAAAUGUGAAUGGAAGGAAAACAAGGUGGUAAAUUAAAGCUUAAAUAAUGAAGUGAUGUUAGACCUUUUUUUAAAAAAAAGUUUAAUAGUUACUGUUGUCAAAUGAUUUACAGGACCACUGGAAACAUUGGUUGUUCUUUGUUUUGUUUUGUGCUCUUGUAUUAUGGAGCUCACCAGAGGACUGAAAAACAGGUUUGGCUCUUUAUUUUUAGACAGGAUUUUGCUCAGUGUGGAGUAUUACUUGUGGCUUCCUCAAGAACAAAAAUCAGAAUGUCUGAUUGUUGCUGUCAUGGCUCACUUGUGUCUUACUUAGCUGAUGAGGUCUGAGAUAGAAGUGUAGGUGGAGCAUCCUUGGGUCACACAGUAGUGUUGUUUCAAAACUACAGAAACCUGUUUGCCCUGCCAGGUUCCCUGUAGGGAACAGCCGAGGAUGAGCUUUUUGGCCUACGCAUCAGCUGGCUGGCUUUCCUCUGCAAGGUUGUUCACCUGGGGUAUGAUUUGGGGUAGUCAUUCUGUUCUUUUCAAAGCUGGAGCAGCUGGUAAAAAAGCAGGAAAAACCCACAGUGAUUCCCUGAAAUCCUACCCUGAAUUUUUUUUUCUAACAUUGUUUUAAAGUAAGAAGAUCUGCUGUCUGGUACGUGUAUUUUUGCCUAGAGAGGAGGGCAAGGUUUAUGGUGUGACCUGACUGGGUGCUUCCUGGUUUUAGUUCUUUGUUCCCCAGUGUGCUUUGAUUAGCUGUUAAUAAGGCAACUUAAUUUUUGCCCUGUACCUUAUGGUGGCUUUCUGGGAGAGGCCCUUAAGCUGCAGGGGCUUGGCAAACUGUGCAGUCUUCUCCAUAUUAAUCAGGGCUUUACACUUUCUGGUUAACUCCUUUUUCUGUAUCAGCAUUAAACUCUUGGUCAUAGCUCAGGGGAGGCAGGUCAGUAGGAUGUUUGUGAGACAGGAGCACUUAGAAAUUCACCUUGUGCUUUAGAACUUCAGCAUGGGCCUUGGGGUGAGUUCAGGUUCUUGCAGUAUGCAUUGGGUGGGAUUUAAGGUAUGAAGUGCCUGAGAUGAGGGCAUGUGUUUACACCUUGUAGAGCCCUGCUGUGUAGGAGAAGCUGUGAGACUCCUGGAAAGCUUUGACUGGGAUGCCCAUGGAACAGCAGGAAUUGAACUUGUGCAGUGUGGUCCCUGCCAAGUGUGCUGUUGAGUGAAGCAUCCGAGCUCAGGGAGUAGGGGAUAUUUAAGUAGGGAAACUCUUCAUCUCCAUGCCAAGAACUCUAAGCUUAGGUAACCUUUCUAAAAAGAAAAAAAAAAUUGCUGCCAAGAGCUUUCUAAAUAAUUUUUGAACUAUUUAGAAGUGCUCAAGUGUAUAGAAACUUACCCAUUCCUAUAGAAGUCUAGGACUGGAUUUAAAAAAGCACUUGAAACCUGAGAAUAAAGAUACUGAAACUAGAGGAGGUGUUAGUGUUCAGCUGUGCUUUCAGGCCAGUGAAAGCUGCAUUUGGUUCUGAGGGGUUUUAGCAGUGGUGUCAAGCUGGUUCCAGUUACUCCGCAACUAUUUCUGCUUUCAAAACAAUAUUUCAAAGAACCUUGUAGUUUUGUGGAAGAGAAAUUACUAAGAUGUAGAGCCACUCUCAGACUUUUCUCCCCUUGAAUUUGCAAGUGUGAUUUGUGCUGUGAUAAACUACCUCAUAGUUUCCAAAGGGUGUAUCAAAGGUGAUGGAGGUCGUCUGGUGGAGGAGAUGGUAACACAAGUUGGUGAAUGUUUAUUAUGAAAAGUUGCUUUAAAGCUUUCUGUAUUCAGCAGUAAUAGCCAGUUCUUGUCCUUGUGCCACCUUCCUUUCUGACAGACCUCUAGUGAAAGACUUGAACUAUGGAGAUCAACACUUGGGAUGUAUGGAAGUGGAUAGCAGGGGCAGCAAGGGAAAGGUGUCUUCUCUGAGAUCCCUGUGCUCUGCUCUGCCUUGGUUGCCUUGUCAGAAUGACAUCUCAGAGUUCAGGAUGUGCUGUGCUUGCAGAAUGGGAUCUUGUGGCUGCUCCAGCAGAUGUAAAUUUUCCCCAGUUGUAAUCUCCUUGUCCCUGUAGUUCAUAAACUUUGGAAAAUGAAGCUGUUUCUGCCAUGUUAACUGUAGGGAUGGGAUUUUCUUGUUAAAGUAGUUUAGCUGUCUUGCACCCACCUCUGGCCUCUGUUUUGAACACAUGCUGGGGAAUGGAUUGCACAGUACACACCCAGAAUGCUAUGCAGUGGCUUAGUUCACUGCAAAACAUCUACUUGUGCUUGUCUAAUUGAAAGUCAGCAACUCUGUACUUAGUCUAAAUGGCUGAUUUUAGAGUAAAGAAUCAACUGAAAUAAGCUGUGCAUGAUUAAUGGAUCUUUCAGUUCAUCAAGCUUGUCCUGGAUGGUAUGAGCAUCUACAGCUUAGCUUCAACAGGCACUUCCCUUGGGUCUAGGGCAGGAGUUGGAAAAAAACACCACCCUUCUAGCUUGUCAAAUGUUAACAUUCACUGUGAAAGCAUUUUUGCUUCUGGUUUCUCUUGGGUUUAAGACAGUGGUUAUAUCAGUUCCUGGUUUAGGUGUGCAGAGGUGUGGGCUGAGGUCCAGCACAGUCACAGUCAAUCUUAUCAGCACCUACUGGUACCUGUGAAAUUCUUGGUGGGUUUUUUUGUGGUGAGUCACAGUCUUCACUGCUGGGUUUCUGCUGCCCUUUUGUCCUCUUGUUGGAGGUUUCUCACUGUCCCAUUGCAGGUGAUCUGGGCUUUGGGUGAAGCUGUCUGAGCCCCUUAAAUGGGUUGACACCACAUAGGAGCUCAUGACCCACUGUCUUGGUUUCCUGUUUGUGCAUUGAGUGCAGAGGUUCUCCAGAUGGCAGCUGUGAUGCCCUUUGUAACCAACCUGCUGCUCUAACCAAACACUCUUCUCCCUUUGCCUUGGCAGGGCUGAUCCCACUCUGCUUUUUUCCCCUUCCUUGUAUGAGAUCAUUCCCAGUUGUAAUGCCUGUAUUACACAUAAUUAAAAGCUGCUCGUGCUGGAUGAGAACAAGUAGUGCCACUCUGGGCCAAAACUGCUGUUGGCACAGUCUGGAAAGCUGCAGACACCACUUGGGAGUUAAGUACACAGCUACAGGUGGCUUCAGCUUCUGGAAGACUUACCUUGCAACAACUGAAGUUUGUUUACAGCUCCCCAGUUCUGAGGGUGCAGUGUAGCUGACAUCAUGCAGAGGGAAGCAUCCCAUGGUACAGAUCAUUGGUGAAGCUGGUGCUCUUUCCCCAGGUGAGCACUAGAGCCUUUGGAGGGCAUAGGAACCCUGAGAACAUCCUAACAUGCCCUGUACAGAUGAACAGCUUUGAUUGUUUUCCUUAUGUUCUGCAGCAUAAAGACAUUGUUAGCAGAUCUUCUGUAUUACCAGAUGAAGAUGUCCUCUUGGUCAGAUGCAUACAAUGUUCCAUUGGCAAGCAACAAUAAUGGGACCAAACGACAGUCCCUAUCAAGGAGGAGUAUUUUUCCUGACAAUUCACUUCCCAACAGAUUAUCCCUUCAAACCACCCAAGGUUGCAUUUACAACAAGAAUCUAUCAUCCAAAUAUUAACAGUAAUGGCAGCAUUUGUCUUGAUAUUCUACGGUCACAGUGGUCCCCAGCACUAACUAUUUCAAAAGUACUUUUGUCCAUCUGUUCUCUGUUGUGUGAUCCCAAUCCAGAUGAUCCUUUAGUGCCUGAGAUUGCACGGAUCUACAAAACAGAUAGAGAAAAGUACAACAGAAUAGCUCGGGAAUGGACUCAGAAGUAUGCCAUGUAAUUAAGAAAUUAUUGGAUAACCUCUACAAAUAAAGAUAGGGGAACUCUGAAAGAGAAAGUCCUUUUGAUUUCCAUUUGACUGCUUUCUAUGAGCCCACGCCUCAUCUUCCCCUGUGCACAUGUUUACCUGAUACAGCAGUGCUGCGUGUUGUACAUACUUGGAACAACAACAUAGAAAUACUGUAUUUCCCCGUACCAACAUUGACUCCUAGCAGAGAAGUGUGUGUGUGAAAAGCUGGUUCUUCAGUCAUAACUUUGUGAGCCUAAAAGCAUUCCUGGUCAAUUUAAAUUGGGUAAGAAAACGGGAACGGGAGCGUUCUGGUGGGUUUCGUUGUUCUAGGGACAGUGUUGCUGAUCCUUGAAGGAUUUUAAGUGGAAUCCUUUUAAACUCAUAACAGUUAUGAAAAGCAAGGUGAAGAACUUGAAGCUGUUUCUGUAUUCAUUUUAUUCUGAAGGACCUACACCUUAGGUAAAUGUUAUGACCAAUGAGAGAAACUGUACCCACAUCCUGUGCUUCAGGUCUGAGUUUAACCGGUCAACAUUUAAUGGAUUGGAGCUAUUAGUGAAUCAAGUGAUGUUGAUUUGUUUCAACUCUCUCCCCUCCUUCAUACUUUUUUUUUUUUUGGUUUGUAUGUGGUUUCUCAGUUAAUACAUAGCUAAUAGCUCUUAUUUUUCUUAAGUUUUUUAACUGCUUAGGUCUUUCUGGAUGUAAGGGUAAAAAUCCAUUUGACAGAAAACUUGUGUAUAUUUAAAGACCCAACUGCUCCCCUGGAGCUUGUACGUUCAAGAAUGAUUAAUCUGUGUAAUAAACUGAUUACUACAGUCAUUACAUAUAACUUGGUGUGAAUAGGCUUUUAAUUUUAAGAGCAGUUUGUUCCAGGCUAAAACUAAUGGUGGAUUUCUCUAAAACUUUUUUUCCAUUCACCAAUGGUUGCAUUUGGAAGUCAUGAAGCAGUUUGGUUUGCAUCACACAAAGGCCGUGCACCCCAGCAGGACAAACAUCAGCUUGAGCAUUGACAUGAAAUCAGGACGUGUAGUAUGCCAGGAACUUGACUGUUAAACCAAAAAAGCAGUUUACUCAAUGAGGAUCUGAGUGACAUUUUACAAAGCCUAAUGGUAUUAUUCCCACUUGCAUGGGACCUAACACAAUGCUUAUGUACUGUAGGUAAGUGAAACCUUAUGUAGCUAAAAUAAUGGAUGUAAAAGGGUAAAAAAAGAAAAGGAAAAAAAAACCCAACCUACCAAACACAUCAGCACAAACUUUCAUAAAAUGUAGCUUUUACAUAAUUACUUUGCACUAAACAUUUGCAAAUGUUCAUACAGUUUUAAAUUGUACUUGUAUGUGUCUUUUUUUGAACAAAGUCUUCACUUGAAUCUAGUGAAAAAUGUAGUUUGAAACUUUUCUUUGUAUACAAGUGUAUUUGCCAGCAUCGUUGGUGUGAACUAGGUGAGUCUGCAAGUUUAUCUCCUCUUAGUAGAAUUGUAAACAAAGCCAUCGACUACGAAGGAGAGGCUGUAGCCUCCAGCUCUCCAGCCACAGGGGUCUGUCCCACCCAUUUUCAAAUGCAUCUUUACACUCUUGCACAACUGAGGAAUAAAUGUCCACUGCUUUUGGUCUAAA